CCAUUACCAUUACAAAACCGUUACACGUCUCUCUCUCUAUGGCUACAAUGGCGGAUCAGACUCUUCUUCAACCUUUCCAAGCCAAACCUGCCGCCAAAGGCUCACCAUCGGAAUCAGAUUCAGGUAUUCUCUUACGGAUUUUCUCUGUAAUUCUCGUCGGAGCAAUCUCCUUGUGGGCAAACAACGAGGCAUCGAAAGGUUUCUCCAUAACUAUUAUCAACGAAGCUAAAGGUUCUCCUUCCGGGAAAAGAUUUUCUCUUUUCUUCGAGUCGGAUGAUACUGCGGUGCGGGUCUUGCUCGAUACAAGCUUCUUUGUGGAGAGAUUGCUCUACGAAGGUGUUCCACAUCGUCUCCGAAAGCGUGUACACCACGUGACCGUCCGAUUCUAUGGAGACAGAAGCGAUGGAGUCGAGAGGGUCUCGGUAACUUCCGGUGCAAGUCAUGGAGAGUAUGUGAUCAGGUUAAGCUCAUCUCUAAUGGAAAGAGGUGACUUUGUUAACGCCGUGAAGUCAGCAUUGCGACGUUCUAUGGUUAGGAUUUGGCUAUGGGGAGACGAGCCACGUGCUUCGCCGGAGCUUGUCGCCGGCAUGGUGGAGUAUUUGGCCUUGGAAGGUGUACAACGAUGUCGUUUUGAUGAGUUAGGUGGACAUUGGAAGGAUAAGGAGUCUGUGUCUGUGGCUAGGUGGUUGGGUUACUGUGAAAGACGUAGCGAGGGUUUCAUCAGACGGUUGAACCAUGGGAUGAGACUUAGGUGGGAUGAUCGGACGGUAGAUCUAGCUUCGAAUGGUGCGUGUGAUUCACGCAAUAUUGUGUUGCGUAAGCGAAUGAUUCACGACUAUAUUGGAUUUGAUCAUUGAGAGACGAACAUGAUUGGUUCUCGUGCUGUCGUAUUGUAGCACACAU